UGCCAAAUGAAAGGGAGUACUUUGUUCAUAUCCAUUUGCAUCUGAAGAAAAAUGAAAAUGUUAGUUGUAUGUUUGCUGGUUGUGGUUUUCACACUUGUAUAUAUGGAACCUUUAAAGCUCACAAGAGUCGGAAACAUACACCACACACUCUAGCUGAUUUUAAACCAGGAAUAGUGAAAACAACUACAGUAGCAUCUCUGUCAUUAGAUCAUUCACUUCUUGAUGGUCUGGAUGAGUGUAUAGAGGAGGACUCUGGUACAUCCCUGGAUUGGAAUAAUGAGGACAAGGCACUCUCAAGUGAUAUUGAGCAGCAGCCUUACUGAAGUUAGAAUAUUUGGUUCAUGUGCCAGGCACAGCUAUUGAUGAAUUCUUACAGGAAGUUUACCACUUGCUAAGCUCUGCAUCAGUCCCAGUAUCUAGAGGUUUUGUAACCGACAUCUUAAAGAGCCACAACCUCCAAAUUGACGAUUCUGUAGUUGAAGAAAUCGUUACUGUAAUUUGUUCUUCUAACCCUGUUCCCAAAGCUAUUGAAAAAGGUGGCCCUCUUGCCACUUCGUAUCAACGCAAACAAUAUUACAAAGAAAAAUUUAGUGUUGUGGAACCAGUUACCUACAUACUUGAUCAUAAAACCAAACGGUCCUUUCAAUAUGUCCCGCUGUUAAAAUCAAUACAGCAAAUUUUGAAUAGAAAAGUCAUUCUUGACAAGGUAAUUGAAAAUCAUAGAGGAAAGGAAGACAUUAAUUUUGACCCAUCUUAUGAAUACAGGUCCCCUAAAGAUGGUUGGCAUUUUAAGAAGAACUGCUUCUUGAAUGAUGAGUUACGAAUCUUACUUUGUCUGUACAUUGAUGAUUUUGAGACUUGCAAUCCCUUAGGCACUUCUAGGAAAAAACACAAACUUUGUGGUGUUUAUUGGAUAUUAGCAAUCCUUCCACCAGGCUCUCACUCAACUUUAUCAUCUAUUAAUCUUGCCGUGCUUUGCAAAAGUGAUGAUGUAAAAACAUAUGGUUAUGACACAGUUUUGGAACCUCUUCUGAAUGAUCUUAAAACUCUGGAGGACCAUGGUGUGUAUGUCCCUUUGCUAGGUUCAUCUCUUAAAGGUACAGUGCACAGUGUUGUGGCAGAUAAUUUAGGGCGCACAGUAUUGCUGGCUUCACUGAGAGCUUUUCUGGUGAUUACAUAUGUCGGUUUUGCACAGCAAAAAGUUGUGAUAUUAGGUCUCACUGUGUUGCAUCUGGUUUUUUUAGCCCAAGAACUAAAGAGGUCCACGCAGACCAUGUUAAAAUAGCUUAUGAGAACAGCAAACAGUGUUUUGGAGUUAAACGAGAGUGUGUUUUUACCAAAAAUCUAAAUCAUUUUCACGUUGCCACUGGCUUUCCCCCUGACAUUGCUCACGAUUUAUUUGAGGGCAUUGUGCCAGUUGAACUGGCUUACUGCUUGGCAUUAUUGAUAUCAAAGAAAUUGUUCGCACUCGAUGACCUAAAUAAAGCUAUAUUGUCAUUCCCCUAUAAAUGGUCAGACAAGACAAAUAAGCCACACAUUGUACCAAAGAGUUUCUUAGCUCGAAGACCAUUGGAGGCAAUGCCCAUGAGAAUUGGAGCUUGCUGAUGUUGCUCCCAUUUCUGAUUGGACAAUAUGUGCCAGAAAAUGAACCAGCAUGGCUUGUAUUGAUGCAUUUAAAAGAUAUUGUUGAGCUAGUGGUUGCUCCUGUGCAUAAUGAUGAAUCCAUCUCAUACCUUGAAAGUAAAAUAGUUGAACACAGACAGAGGUACCUAGAACUGUUCCCUGAUGUCAGACUUCUACCAAAGCACCACUAUCUUGAACAUUACCCUCAGAUGUUGAGGUAUUUUGGCCCUCUAACGGCUGUCUGGACAAUGCGAUUCGAAGCCAAGCAUGGUUUCUUUAAGAAGAUUAUGAAACACACUAGUUGCUUUAAGAAUGUACCUUUGACUUUGGCUUCGAAACAUCAGCUGAUGAUCGCUUUCCACAUCAACUCACCAUCCUAUGGUAAAUCUAGCCUAGAUGUACCUAAUGUGUCCACAGUCCCAGUUGAUGUACUGAAAGAGGAAGUGGCUCGGCUAUUAGGUCUAAAUACCCAAACGCAUGUGAAGUGUAUCUUGCAAAGAAUGCAUCAAUUAGUGGCAUAACUUACAGCAAAGGUAUGGUAGUUGCUCAUGGAUCAGCAGGUGGCUUAGCGGAGUUUGCUGAAAUUAUUCAGAUUUGUAUCAUCAAUGAGAACUUGUUCUUCAUUGUGAAAGUGCUGUCAGGGUGGUACAAUGAACACUAUAGAGCCUUUGAGCUGAACGUGUCACCUUCAAGAGAAGUCAAGCUUUUGGCACUCAGUGAACUCGCUGACACCUAUCCAUUGGCUGAUUACAUGGUUGGAUCAAACCGGAUGGUGACCCUGAAAAGGCAUAUCCUUAUAAAAGAUUGAGACGUACAAUGACGCAUGCUCCAGCCAUUAUUAAAGUGAUCCUGGGAGAUAACAGCAGUCAAAGACUGAACUUUCAAAAUGGACUUCCAGAUUCUGUCAGUGAACUUGUUACCGAGGUACAAAGACAGUGUGGCAUUAACACUAACUUUAGGCUUCAGUUUAUGGAUGCACUAUUUGGAAAUGAGUUCCUGAACCUCACUUCAGUUAAUGAAAUACAGGACAGAGGGACCGUCAAACUAAUCCCCAUAACACAGGCCUCGGCUCCACAGUGUGCUGAUAUCCCUUCAACUUCAGAGACUGCUUUAUGCAAUCCCUCAGUGGAUGAAACCUCAUCCAUGUCUAGUGUGUGUGUUGACACUGACACACUCUCCACAACAGUUUUUGAGACAUCCAGCUCUAGACAAUUUUGGCCCACCUUCUUCCAUGUCCCUCAGUUUUCCUUUGAUGCAGAGCUGAAACUUGAGCGAGGCAAUGCAGCAUACAAAGAGAAGGGUACAUUUCUUAUUCCAGAUCCUAAACUGAAGUCAAACAUUCUUGAAGGCCUGGUUCAAGAAAUUGUCAAAUACAAAGUUUAUGCCACUGAUAAGGAGUUCAACAUCGUUGGGGAGGCCCUUAUCUCUAAACAUCCUUGUCUCACCGAAAAAGGCUCCCUGACAGGAUAUGCUGGUUGGAAAGCUAGCUUAAAGAAUAAACUCGCAAUUUACCGCACUCACUUGAGAAAACUGGGAUGCCCUGAGGUACUUGUAAAUUCUGUGAAGCACAAACCAGCAGACAAAGCAAAUGCUGCUGCUGCCAUCAAAAAACCACGGCGUUCUGAAGUAAACUACUGCCCCCCUCAUCCCACCGGAGAAUCUGAUGAGAGCCUUGAGAAUCUGAGAGUGGCACUUCUUUCAGAGGUGAAGAAAAACAACAACAGGGAGGUGAUUAGGAUGAAAAUGGAGAAGACAUUUUCCCAUAGAAGAUAUGAAGUGGUUCGUGACACACCCAUGAUCCAAGACUUCAAGGCAAGAUGGCCGGCUCUCUUUGAUGUAAGCGAGAUAAAUGCUGAGUUUAAGCGCAUUACCACCGUGGCCCUGCAGUCCAGGUUUUUAUCACAGAUUGAUAUGCUGUCUGACAAACUUUUAAAGGUAUUUCAGAAGCGAGGAGGGCAAAUAGGAAGAAGACUGCAGAGCAUCAUGGAACCCAUGGCUCAAGAUGAUGACGUCGAUGUUGGGCGAGAGUGUAUUAUCAAGGGGCUCUGCGUAUACCUCAAUGAGGACCUGGGCAAUUUGGUGAAAGAGUAUGUGUACUUCAGAAGAUCGUCAUGGAGCUGGAAGGCUGCACGUUAUCAGUGAAAGCUCAAGUUCUCAGAAACAGACUCUUUGAGUGAGGUGUUUCCAUGGGACGGCAGGAAGACAUGCAAGGUAGUUUCCUGCCUCUUGGAAUGAGGACCAUUUUUUGUUUUUCAUAUCACACACUCGCAAAGAGAACCUACAUCACACAUACAGCGUAAACGGUUAAACAAUGUAGGUUGGCCACUUUAUUUUGUGGUUUGGAUGUUUGUUUGUUUUGUUUGUUGUUUUUUAUUCUCCCUUGGUCAAAUUUGAUUGGUUAAAAGGACCUCCACCCAGAACUGAAAAAUACUUGAAGCUACAGUGAUUUGACUCGUCUUAACUGCUUUUAAAACUGAAAACAAAAUUAAGGGAAGCUUUGGACUACUUCAUGCUCUUCAUUGCUGUUCACCUUUUGCACUACACCUGUUUGAUGGUGUCUCGUCUUUUACUUAAUGAUAGAGGAAAUGUUGUUUUUCUUAAUUAGUUCAUUGAAUUUAAGCUUUUUUUUUUUUUUUUACUUCACACAGAAAGCUUAUUUUUUGGUAGCCCAUACUCUGUGAAAAAUUUAUUUUUCUGUUAAAAAUAACAGUGAUUUGUCUUGCCUUACUACUUUUAAAACUGAGAAAAAGUAAAAACAUCAAGUGAAGCUUGGAAGCUUUGGACUACUUGUUACUUAUGACUGUUCAUCUUUUUCACUACACCUGUUUGAUGGUGAAUUGUUGCAUUUUUACUGUAUCUGAUCUGGUCUAUUGACAGGAAAUGUCGCCUUUUCCACUACACCUGUUUGAUGGUGUCUCGUCUUUUACUUAAUAAUAGG